AUGUUUGGCAUUAUAGAUGAGUAUAAUGUGUUAAAACCGGAUGAAGUUUUUAUUCAAUACACUCAACUUAAUGAUCGUGACAAUAAAGAUGAGAGUAGUAUAUAUCAAAAAACAAGAAUUCUUGACAAUUGUAAGGUUGUUAUCACAAAAAAUCCUUGUCAUCAUCCGGGUGACAUUCGAACAUUUACUGCUGUCAAACAUGAAGUAUUGAAACAUCUUAAAGAUGUCAUUGUCUUUUCACAGCAAGGUGACUGUCCACCACCUCAUCAGAUCAGUGGAUCUGACCUCGACGGUGAUGAAUAUGUAGUGAUAUGGCAUGAAGAUCUUGUUCCAACUCAAAGUCAUAAUGCUGUACCAUAUGAUUAUGACUCGCAGAAUGUAUUGCAAGUACUCUCACGACCCAUUGACCGUGAAGACAUUAUGGAUAUUGUAUUGAAAAUAACUGAGAGUGAUUAUUUAGGACGAUUAUCUAAUUUACAUUUGGCAUAUGCUGAUCUUUACGGAGUCGAUAGUAAUAAACGACCGCAAUCAGAUCUCUUAUCAACAAUUGAACUUGCUGGAGUGAUCAGUCAAGAAGUUGAUAGUGGAAAAACUGGACACCACCCAUUAAAUGACAUGCAAAUAAUGAAACAAAAAAAAGCAUUAGGAGAUAAACGACCAGAUUUCAUGGAAAAUGCCAAUAUGAAAUCAUAUCAAUCACAAAAAAUACUAGGAAAACUUUAUCGUUCAUCACGUCGGAUGUUGUAUGGAUGGAAUAGACUUCUUAAACAACAUCGUCAUUUGCGUCAGUUACAAGUUCGAACUCCAGAAGAUAAUGAAAAUGAAAUAGAUGAUGAAGAAAUACAAGGACAAGAAAUUUUAUUGGAUCCUUCUUUUCUUGAUGCAAUACCAUCAUGGCAAGAUCAAGAAAUAAACGAAAUAGCAUCUCAAUUAUUUUAUGUUUAUCGACAAGAAAUGCUUGAAAUUCUCAAUUUAUAUGGACUUUCACAUGAAAGUGAUUUAUGGUGUCGAAAAUCAACCAAUACUACUGGUGGAGAACUUGAAGACACUGCUUAUACACAACUCAAACAACUUGUUGUACGUACACAAUUACAUCAUAAAGUAGCUGCUGCAUUAUAUCUAGAAUGUUAUAAUGGACAGAAUGAAUUAGAACGAGCACCAAUUCUAAGCUUACCAUGGUUAUUUACAACUGCACUUUUGCAUCCACGCCCGAGAAAAUUACACUCAAUCGAAGGAUUACUUAGCCAAGCGAUGAUAAAUAUAUUCACGGAAAUGAAUAUUAACCACUUAUUACAAUUAAGAGGAACAACAGUGACCUUCCGUACAUCGACGAAUCAUCAAGUUGAAAUAAAUCUAGAUUGGACUGUUUGUGUUUUUGUUGAAAUUCUUCAUUAUUCUCUCAAAUCAAAGCCUUUUACUUCAUGGCUAAGAUUAUUAAGUAAAGUCAUAUAUAAAAUAUCUUCCACGUCACAUUACAAUGGAAGUGAUGAUUUAUUAUUGAUCUUUGAUCACGGAGAACUGGAUGAUGAAUAUGCUGCCAUAGUUUUAUCAUUGGCAUGGAAUGAAAACGGUGAUGAAUUAAUUCAUUCAUAUUUCAUUCAAUUACUCGAACUUUGCUUUGAUCUUGGGAAAACUAUUAAUGAUGAAAACAAUGAAUAUCUUAAAAUAAGCGAGGAAAUCAUUCUAAUACUUCAAUCAAUGGCAAUUGGUGAAAAGUCAUCGUCAACGAAUCGACCGUAG